AUGGCUAAAGAUUCUCUUGCUGACGCAAUCGUGCAACCUGUGUCUGACCAGCUCAACAAGUUGGCUGGCUCAAGUAACGCCCCUGAACCUUCCAAGAAGGGCAUCCAGCUUUUCUCCAAGGAGUACUAUGCUGCUUGUACUAUUGGAGGCAUUGUCGCCUGUGGACCAACCCACUCUGCUGUGACACCCCUUGAUCUUGUGAAAUGCCGUCGUCAGGUGGACUCUGCGAUCUACAAGUCGAAUGUGGAUGGAUGGAAGAAGAUCAUCAAAACCAAAGGUGACUCGAUCUUCACCGGUGUGGGAGCAACCUUCAUCGGGUACUCGUUGCAGGGUGCUGGUAAGUACGGCUUCUACGAAUACUUCAAGAAGACGUAUGGCGACUUGGUUGGGCAGGAGACGUUUGCCAAAUACAAGACUCCAGUGUACCUUGCUGCUUCGGCAUCUGCUGAGUUCCUUGCCGAUAUCAUGUUGUGUCCACUCGAGACGAUCAAAGUUAGAACACAGACCACAAUCCCUCCAUAUGCCAAUAACGUGGCCGAGGGAUUCUCCAAGAUCUAUAAAGCAGAGGGGUGGGCUGGCUUGUACAGUGGAAUUGGGCCAUUGUGGGCCAGACAGAUCCCAUACACCAUGGUCAAGUUCAGUACGUUCGAGAAAUGCGUGGAAUUGAUCUACCAGUACCUUGGCAAGCCUGCUUCUGCUUACACUUCCGUCCAGCAAACAGGAAUUUCUUUUGUUGGUGGUUACAUUGCCGGUAUAUUCUGUGCUGUUGUGUCUCAUCCUGCGGACGUGAUGGUCUCCAAAGUCACCACCAACAAGAAGCCUUCAGAAGGGUUGGGAUCUGCCUUGAAAAGAAUCUAUGGGCAAAUUGGCUUUGCCGGUAUUUGGAACGGCUUGCCCGUUCGUAUUGUUAUGAUCGGUACUUUAACUGGUUUCCAGUGGUUGAUCUACGACUCCUUCAAGGUCUACGUGGGCUUGCCAACCACUGGUGGCCACUAG